AUGUCCGACCAAGACGUUCAUCCAAGCAAAUACAACAAAUUGCGAAGUACCUAUAAGUACUAUAUCGAUUCAUAUAUUGCAUUGUAUCAGCUAAAAACGGACAACGAAGAAGAAUUAAACAAGAUUUACAAAAUGAUCAAAACAGAACUGAUUGAUUCAAAGAAAUUUCCACCUAAAAUAAUUAUGAACGAUAUUUUAAAUAUCAUUCCGUACAACAAUCGCUAUGCAAAGUCAUAUUUAUUCCUUGCCAAACUCAUUUAUGAUGAAUAUCAUGUGGAAGAAGUCAACAAUCUCAUGUAUCUUCCAAUCAUCCUGUUUUAUAAAGAAUAUGGAAUUAAAUUAGACAAAUCUGCCAAUUUUGAAGAAGAUUAUUCAGAAAACAUCGAUAUUCAUACAGAAGAUACAAUUUACAGAGCAAUUAUGAAUAAUGACUUAGAAAGAUUCAUCACAUUCACAGAAAUAGAUGGAUUUGAUAAAUAUCAAAAACUUAAAAGCAAAUUAUAUCCAUAUUCUAAGAAUGGAUAUUCAUUACUUGAAUUAUGUUGA